AUGUCUUACGAACCAAAAGAGUAUCCGGUGCAACAGGCUGUCUAUACACCACAACCCGGAAUGAGCAUACCUCAAGCCCAACCGCAAGCUGUCCCAAAAAGUCAAGGAGGCUAUAAUUGCUGUCUUCGUAUUAUGACGCGCGGUGAUAUUCGUGCCAGAAAAGGAAUCAACGGUAGCUGUAUGGGAGACUGUUGCACUCAUUUUUGUUGCGGAUGCUGUGCUUUGAUACAGGAACGCCGUGAAUUUGAUGAUUGA